AUGGAUGGGGCAAAUCAGUCUUCGGUGUCAGAGUUUGUGCUCCUGGGACUCACCAAUUCCUGGGAGAUCCAACUACUCCUGUUUUUGUUCUCCUUGAUGCUUUAUGUGGCAAGCAUGAUGGGAAACUCCCUCAUUGUGCUCACUGUGAUUUCUGACCCUCACUUACAUUCCCCCAUGUACUUUUUGUUAGCCAACCUCUCCUUUAUUGACAUGGGAGUUUCUUGUGUUUCUUGUCCCAAGAUGCUGUAUGACCUUUUCAGAAAACACAAAGUCAUCUCCUUUGGUGGCUGCAUUACUCAAAUAUUCUUCAUCCAUGUCAUUGGCGGUGUGGAGAUGGUGUUGCUCAUCGCCAUGGCCUUUGACAGAUAUGUGGCCAUAUGUAAACCCCUUCACUACCUAACCAUCAUGAGCCCACGGUUGUGCAUCUUCUUUUUAGUGUCUGCCUGGAUAAUUGGGAUUAUCCACUCUAUGAUUCAAAUGGUUUUUGUAGUAAACCUACCAUUCUGUGGUCCUAAUGUGCUGGACAGCUUUUACUGUGACCUUCCUCGGUUCAUCAAACUUGCCUGCACGGACACCUAUCGACUAGAGUUUAUGGUCACAGCAAUCAGUGGUUUCAUCUCUGUUGGCUCCUUCAUCAUACUGCUCAUUUCUUAUGCUGUCAUCAUUCUCACUGUUCACAAGCACUCUUCAGGUGGUUCAUCCAAGGCUCUGUCCACACUUUCAGCACACAUCACUGUUGUAGUCUUGUUCUUUGGCCCACUGAUAUUUUUCUAUGCAUGGCCAUCUCCUUCCAUACACCUAGAUAAGUUUCUGGCCAUCUUUGACGCUAUUCUCACUCCUGUCCUUAACCCUAUGAUUUACACAUUCAGGAAUCAAGAAAUGAAGGUGGCAAUGAAGAGAGUAUGCAGACAGCUAGUAACUGACAGGAAGAUCUCUUAA